AGAAAAGAGAAACAUGAAAUCAACAGAAGCCUCCGGCCGAAAAGCAACAAAACGAAAGCCACCCCUUAACUUGCUGGGGCCAUUCAGAUAAUUUGGCUACCAGAAUCCAAAUUCUAUUACUAUAUAUUUAUAUUGGAUUGGGUGGGUGGGUUUAUUAUGAACCAGCUGAAGCAAAUCCACGCCUACACUCUUAGAAAUGGCAUCGACCACGCCGAAACCCUCAUUGUCAGACUACUUCAAAUCCCGAACCUUUCAUAUGCCCAAAAGCUGUUCGACCUUAUUCCCAAGCCAACCGUCUUUCUCUAUAGCAAGCUUAUUCAAGCUUAUUCUUGUCAUGGACAAUACUACCAGAGCGUAUUUCUCUACUCCCAAAUGUGCCUUCAAGGCUGCCCGCCAAAUCAACACAGCUUCACCUUCCUCUUCGCCACUUGUGCUUCCCUCUCCUCCCGUCCCCAUGGCCAAAUGCUCCACGCCCAUUUUGUCAAGUCGGGUUUCGAGGAUGACGUGUUUGCCUCGACUGCUUUGGUUGACAUGUAUGCUAAACUGGGCAUGUUGGCCUCAGCACGCCAACAAUUUGAUGAAAUGGAAGUAAAAGAUAUACCCACAUGGAAUUCAACCAUUGCGGGCUAUGCCAGGUCCGGGGAUAUGGAGGGUGCGUUAGAAUUGUUCGGUUUGAUGCCUUACAGAAAUGUGAUAUCAUGGACGGCAAUGAUAUCUGGGUACUCACAAAAUGGACAGUACGCAAAGGCCUUAAGGAUGUUUUUGAGGAUGGAAAAGGAGAAAGAUGUGAGGCCGAAUGAAGUGACUAUAGCUAGUGUUCUUCCAGCUUGCGCAAAUCUUGGGGCAUUGGAGGUUGGAGAGAGGAUUGAAGCAUAUGCAAGAAAAAAUGGGUUCUUCAAGAAUUUGUAUGUAAGCAAUGCUGUAUUGGAAAUGUAUGCAAGGUGUGGUAAAAUUGAUGUGGCUUGGCAUGUGUUUUAUGAGAUUGGCCGCUGCAGAACAUUGUGUUCUUGGAACUCAAUGAUCACAGGUUUAGCUGUUCACGGAAGAUGCAACCAGGCUCUAGAGCUUUAUGAUCAAAUGCUGAGAGAAGGAAUUGCACCAGAUGAUGUUACAUUUGUGGGACUUCUCUUGGCAUGCACUCAUGGAGGCAUGAUCAUAAAAGGCAGACAACUCUUUGGAUCAAUGGAAAAAAACUUUCGUAUCACGCCCAAAUUAGAACAUUAUGGAUGCAUGAUUGAUCUGCUAGGCCGUUCAGGAGAACUGCAAGAAGCUUAUAAUCUCAUACGGAGUAUGCCUAUGAAACCAGAUUGUGCUAUAUGGGGUGCACUUCUGGGGGCUUGUAGUUUCCAUGGGAAUGUUGAGCUGGCUGAAAUAGCAGCCGAGUCCCUCUUUAAGCUUGAACCAUGGAAUCCAGGUAACUAUGUCAUUCUUUCCAAUAUUUAUGCGUCAGCAGGCCAAUGGGCUGGGGUUUCAAAGCUGAGGAAGUUGAUGAAGGGUGGCCAAAUUACGAAGGCAGCAGGGUAUAGUUCCAUUGAAGAGGGAGGCCAAAUUCAUAAUUUCAUUGUGAACGAUAGGUCACAUCCAAAAAGUUAUGAAAUAUAUGCAUUACUGGAUGGAGUUUAUACAAAGAUGAAGCUUCAAAGAAAUGCAACUGAUUGUGAAUCCGAACUUGAAGAACAGUGAUACCAAUAUAUGAUCUUAAUUUUGAAGGAAGCAACUGUGUGCACUAUUUGUGGAUAGUUAACUUGAUUAAAGCUGGGAUAAUUUUUCAAGGCCAUUUGGCAUAGCAUAGCAUUAGAUCUAGGAAAAGAGUUAGUCAUUUUUAGGUUAUUACCUCAAAAAGAUUAGUCAUGUCACAAAAUUAGUCAAAUUUAGAUGGGCCUACAAUGCACCUUACCUGCCGGAACACAAAUUAGAAAGGAUCUAGAUGGGCCUACAAUGUGAGGGAUCCACAUACACUCUCUUAAGACAGAUCAAACCAUAGCAUGACCUCGAGUCCCCGGCCUAGCCUCUUAGCAUCGUAAGUUUGCUACUUAACUUGCUAAUAUUUUUUUUAUAACCACAUUAUGAUCCGACUUAAUCCUAAACUUAAAACCCACAACAUAAGAUGUUUUUGACACUGAAUUUGUCAAAUACUAAAAACCUAACAGAAGUGUCUGGAAAGCCCGAGUGUUACCUCAACAUGGUGAAGGCUAUUGCAUUUAUAAUAUAGUUUGUUACAAGUAUGACAUAUAUGUACAAGAGAUAAACACUGAAAAAU